AUGUUGUCCCGUGCCAGUGCUUUGCGUUCUGCUACCAGAUCGCUUGUUAACGUUGCUAGAGUUGCUAGAGUUGCUAGACCAGCCACCCUCAUUGCUGGAAGAAGAUACGCCACAGCCAAAGCUCAACCUACAGAAGUUUCUUCGAUUUUGGAAGAGAGAAUUAGAGGUGUUUCCGAGGAGGCCAACUUGAACGAAACCGGUAGAGUUUUGUCUGUGGGUGAUGGUAUUGCUCGUGUGUUUGGUUUGAACAACAUUCAAGCUGAAGAACUGGUUGAGUUUUCUUCAGGUGUCAAAGGUAUGGCUCUGAAUUUGGAACCAGGCCAGGUUGGUAUCGUUUUGUUCGGUUCCGAUAGAUUAGUCAAGGAAGGUGAACUGGUUAAGAGAACCGGUAAGAUUGUCGAUGUUGGUGUUGGUCCUGCUCUGUUGGGUAGAGUUGUGGAUGCAUUGGGUAACCCAAUCGAUGGUAAGGGACCAAUUGACGCAGUCGGCCGUACCAGAGCUCAAGUCAAGGCUCCUGGUAUCUUGCCAAGAAGAUCUGUUCACGAACCUGUCCAAACUGGUUUGAAAUCCGUUGAUGCUUUGGUUCCAGUUGGCAGAGGCCAAAGAGAAUUGAUUAUUGGUGAUCGUCAAACAGGUAAAACUGCUGUCGCAUUAGACACUAUCUUGAAUCAAAAAAGAUGGAAUGACGGUAAUGAUGAAAAGAAGAAGUUGUACUGUGUUUACGUCGCUGUUGGUCAAAAGAGAUCUACUGUGGCCCAAUUGGUUCAAACUCUUGAACAACACGAUGCCAUGAAAUAUACCAUCAUCGUUGCAGCUACAGCCUCAGAAGCUGCUCCUUUACAAUAUUUAGCUCCUUUCACAGCUGCUUCUAUUGGUGAAUGGUUCAGAGACAAUGGUAAACACGCUUUGAUCGUCUACGAUGAUUUGUCAAAGCAAGCUGUUGCUUACCGUCAAUUAUCUCUAUUGUUGAGACGUCCACCUGGUCGUGAAGCUUAUCCAGGUGAUGUUUUCUACUUACAUUCCAGGCUAUUGGAAAGAGCUGCCAAGAUGUCCGAGAAAGAAGGUGGUGGUUCUUUAACCGCUUUGCCUGUUAUCGAAACUCAAGGUGGUGAUGUCUCCGCUUAUAUUCCAACAAACGUUAUUUCUAUUACUGAUGGUCAAAUUUUCUUGGAAGCUGAAUUAUUCUACAAGGGUAUCAGACCAGCUAUUAAUGUCGGUUUGUCAGUUUCAAGAGUUGGUUCCGCUGCUCAAGUUAAAGCCUUGAAACAAGUUGCAGGUUCCUUGAAACUUUUCUUGGCUCAAUACAGAGAAGUCGCUGCUUUCGCUCAAUUCGGUUCAGAUUUGGAUGCAUCUACUAAACAAACUUUAACCAGAGGUGAAAGAUUGACUCAAUUGCUAAAACAACCUCAAUACUCCCCUCUAGCCGCUGAAGAACAAGUUCCUUUGAUCUAUGCUGGUGUUAACGGUCAUCUAGAUAAUGUUGCUCUAUCAAGAAUCGGUGAAUUCGAAACCGCCUUUUUGGCUUACUUGAAAUCAAAUCAUGAUGAUAUUCUAUCCACUAUUAGAGAUAAGGGUGAAUUGAGCAAAGAGUUGUUGGAAAAGAUGAAGUCCGCUACUGAAUCCUUUGUUGCUACUUUCUAA